AUUGCCUAAUCACUAAAGGUCCUAAGGUCCUCUUUAUUGUUUUCAAUUCUGCUGAAAAUUUCCUCUCUGAAUUAUGUGGUACAGGUUUGUUAGGAAAAAUUUGCAAGGUACUUUGAGGUUGAAUUGAAGAAGGUGAAACUAAAAGAAGGGUACUGUGUAAUGGACCCUGCCAACGAAGUGGAGAUGGUGGAUGAGAAUACAAUAUGUGUUGCCGCUAUUCUUAGUUCCACUCUGACGGGAAAAUUUGAGGAUGUGAAGCUCCUGAACAAGCUCCUUACAGAAAAGAACUAGGAAACUGAGUGGAUACAUUGAUCCAUGUCGAUGUUGCCAGUGGAGGAUUUAUUGCUCCUUUCUUGUGGCCAAAUCUUGAAUGGGAUUUUCGCCCGCCUUUAGUGAAAGUAUAAUUGUCAGUGGCCACAAGUAUGGCGUUGUAUAUGUUGGUGUCGGUUGGGUGAUAUGGCGGAGCAAGGAUGAUUUGUCUGAUGAGCUUGUCUUUCAUAUAAACUACCUUGGAUCUGAUCAACCUACUUUUACUCUCAACUUCUCUAAUGGUUCCUAUCAAAUAAUUGAUCCAAAAUUUCAUUUUUCGACAAUCAAGAAAGCUUCAAGAUUGAUGAACAAGUUUGGUUCUUGGCCAACAAUUUUAUGUCAUGUGAAUAGCAUCUAUGCCAUUUCUGAAUUUGGGACUGUUUAUACCAUUUCUGUAAACAUUUUUGAAUAAGAGAUUGAAAAUUUGAGAGUUUUGAAAUUUUGGGUUUUGGUUAAUGUGAAAGAAUUUGAAUUUAAGAUUUUGUAUAUUGAUGUAUUUUUGUAAUCAUGUACUUGUAUUUAGUCCAUUGUUGAAUUUGCUCAAGUUAAUUCAAGUUAAUUUUACAUUUGAUGAAGAAAAAAA